CGUCAUCCCCCUUCAACCUGCCUCGGGGCUGCACCGCGCAGCCUUGCAUGAAUCAAGCUCCAUGGCGCCGCUGACGAGCAUCUCAGGCGAGCGCCAGCCGUUUUCACUCCUCCACACACGUCCCUCUUGAUGCUCGUCUUGUCCGCACCCUCGCAUUCAUGGAGCAUACACUCGGCUCUGCCUGUCGCCUUCGUCCAACGCCAGACGCGGAUAAGGAGGACGGAGCCCCCUGCAUCAAGGCUCAGUUCUUCUAUACGUCCCUGUUCCCCAUUGACGAUCCGCUGUCGAGCAGCGCUCCUGCUGGCGGUGCAGAAUCGAAAUCGAAAGCGCCCCUUCGCCCGUUCUCCCAGGACGACAACGAUGUGCUCCAGCAGGCCUGGCUGGGCCUGACGUCGGAGAGCCACCGGAUCCAGCAUGACACCGUCAGAAGCGGUCGAGAACCUGCCCCAGCAACGGUCAAGUCUGACGUGGAACGACGCGACCAAAUCAUACGGGAACUGGCCUCGAGGCAUCUUCGCAUCCACCAGGCCAACCAGCAGACACAAGCUUCCACGACGCAAGCGACCGAGGCACUCCCCGAAACACUGCUUACAGCCUGCUGCCCUAAACUCGCCGCCGACAUCCUAGAAGAGCUUGAUACGCAAUUUUGUGCUUUAGUGAGAAAGUCGAAUCAGCGUUUUACUGUCGAUGAGGUCGUAAAGGAUAUCAUUGCCGUCAUGAACCAGCGUCACGAGCCGAGAAACGUCGCUAGCAGUCUCCGGGAUAUCCCCAUACGCCACCCUCUGUUGACUCGUGAUAGAGAGGCCAGCAUCUCUACUGGUCGCGCUUCUCCUUCGGAUAGUGCUGUAUCAUCAUCCUUUGGAGAGCACAUGAAUCUGAAACCUCGUAGUGACUCUUACAAGCAAGCAUCGGGUUUCCCCCAGGAGCGUAUUCUGCCUGAUGCAUCUCGCGCUGCUCAAACGUCACAGAAUCGGCUGUCUCGAGAGCUUAAAAUAUCUGGACUAGUCCCUACAACUGAUGAUGGCAUUUCCGGAAGACCAUUUGUGAGGGCAUUGGAGACUGAAGAGCAACCACAGCAGAUGGUGGAAGCAAAACAGCAACGUAGUGAUGUUCAAACUUUAGAAACGCCGCAGAUCCACUACAAAGCGGCUGAGGGGAACGAUGAAGUAGCAACAGAGCCGUUAACUCGAAUAGAGGACACCACUCCGGAUCUUGACGAGGAAGACACGGAUGUCGUAGUUGGACUGGCUAGAUUGCACAAGGUAUCAUUGCACACAUUACAGAUGAAGCCCAUAUACUGGUCGCCAGUUAACGACAUCGCCAUUGUAACGAGAGGCACAUGGUUUUACAAAGAUACCAUGCUACCGGUUCCCCCAGCAGUUGCGAAUCAGCUAGAAGCCGGAUACCAGGAACUGCGUCCUUGGGCGGAAACUUGGCGUGACGAAGUACGGUGUGCUAUUGAAGUUGGGGCCUCGGGAGAGGAAAAGGUGUCUCAUCGACUAUGGCCGACUGAAGGCGAUGGACAGUAUCGGAAUUCCCCCAUACCAACAGAGCCUGCUAUUUCCGCACAUCCGUUUUGCGCGGCACACUGCUUUCAAGGCGAGGCUGCGACGGAAGGCUCCCUCGAGCCGCGGCAAGUAGACAACGAGGCUUCCGAGAAUGCACAGCAACGCCCCUACUCUAGCUACAGUGUCCUAUACAAGGAUCAAACAAAGGCCUUCUUACUAAAGCCGAGCUUACAGCCAUCUGCCUAUUACGGUAGACGGCCUCUUCAAAGGAUCAUGAGAGGCGGGACCGUGGGCAUUCCGGUGGUCCGAGGAUUUGAUAGACUGAGAUGGGAACGCAUGCACCGUGGGAAGCAGGUGCAACAUGCCAAACCUGCAUCUCAUGCCACCUCCGAUGGCAGUCCACGGGAAACCUGCCCUGCAUGCGAAGCGGAUAAAGACCGCAGUAAGGUGACAGACUUGGUGCUGGUAGCCCACGGAAUUGGCCAAAAGAUAGCUGAGAGGGUUGAAAGCUAUCACUUUACACACGCCGUCAAUAGCUUCCGUCGAAUGGUGGACAGCGAGUUUCAAAACCCGGCGGUGCAAGAAGUCCUGGAUAACAGCCAGAGCAGACUCAUGGUUUUGCCACUCAACUGGAGAAUUGGGCUAUCCUUUGAAGAUGGCGGCCAUCUUCAGACGGGAAUGGAGACGAAUGAUUCGGCUGCAGCACAGGCCUUUGGUCUGAAGGACAUUGAGCCCAGCACCAUUCCCGCGAUAAGGAGCAUGAUAUCGGAUGUCAUGUUCGAUAUACCCUUCUACAUGUCUCACCACAAGGGAAAGAUGAUUGCAGCUCUAGUCAAGGAGGCGAACCGAGUAUACCGUCUGUGGUGUAAGAACAACCCCGGGUUUGCCGAAAAUGGACGUGUCCAUCUGGUUGCUCAUUCUCUCGGUAGUGUCAUGGCGGUAGAAGUCUUGUCACGGCAGCCAACGGAUCUGCCACCGCUUGAUCUUUUACGGCCAGAGCCAGAAACCAGAUUCUUCGAGUUCGAUACGAGGAACCUCUUCCUGAUGGGAAGUCCCACUGGAUUCUUCUUAUUGCUCGAGCGAGGAGCUCUUACACCACGACGUGGACGCGUCAAACCUGGCAUGGAUGAAAACGAGGUUAAGACCGAAAAUAUCGGUGGUGAGAUUGGAAUGUUUGGGUGCUUGGCCGUCGACAAUAUCUACAAUAUUCUUGCCAAAGAGGACCCCAUUGCCUACUUGCUCAAUGGGACGGUAGAUCCGGCAUAUGCGGCCAGCCUCAAAACAGCAUAUGUGCCUACUUCUUCGGCUUCGUUUCUGAAAACUGUUGGCGAUGCCAUGCGUACCGUUGUCAUGGGUAUGGCUGGCAAUCCUACCACAUCCACGACUGGUGAUGGCCGCCCAUCGACUGUGCGGCUGCCCUCUCAGCUAGAACUUGAAGUCCAUGACUUCACCAGAGAGGAAAUUGCCGAGAAGAAGGCCUUUCUUCUUAAUGAUAACGGCCAGAUCGACUGGUUUAUCCGAUCUGGUGGCGGUCCGCUGGAGAUUCAGUAUUUGAAUAUGCUGAGCGCUCAUAGUAGCUACUGGAGUAAUACGGACUUUAUCCGAAUGUUGUGCAUUGAGAUUGGCAGGAAACCGGGCAGAGCGAACACGUUGCCUGCUAUGAGAGCUGUCAAAGCCUCUAGGCGCAUUAUACCCACCACGAGAUGAGUCGACUGAGUUGGCACGUUAUACAUGUGCUGUGAUACCCCCCCACUCUAGCUGUCUAUUAUCUUUUUGCGUUGGUGCUACCUAUUGCGGGUAUACUUUCUAAAUAUUUUUACCAUUUUGCAGGAUUUCAGUGGUUUAGAAUGGAAAAGUCGUGAUGGAUUUAGAGACUACCUAUGGUAAAAGAUAUGAUAUGAUGGAUUGUACUGACGUAAUGAAUAACUAGCGAAUGAUUAAUGUAUAGACUUAUUAUAACCCAGAUUCCAAGAAAGAAGGAAAGAAAGAUAGAUAGAAAAGGCAAUUAGCCAGAGAAUCAGACAUCUCACCCUCUAACCGCUCUGCACGGUCCGAAC